GAGGGAGAGAGAGAGAGAGAGAGAGAGGGCGGGAGAGCCAGCCUGUUAUUGUUUACUCUCGGACUCGUAAAGCGGGUCAUGGGGACGAGGAGCUCAGUCUGCCACUCGUUCAUCCGUUGUGUGUCGUCCACGCAGCUGUAGGUGGCCUCGGCGUCUCUGCGGUGCAGCCAGCGAGUUGACUUGCUUGCUGCUUCCGGGACAACAGACAGCACUUGGCUCACAAAGAGUGCAGGAACGUUAGUCAGCGGUGCAGCUACACGUACACACACCAAUCUACAACACGUGAACUCUGCAUUUGACCUUGUUGCCGCCUGCUGACAUGUUAAUGCGUGCGCGCCUCAACGGGUAGCGCUAGCUGCUCUUGUUAGCCGAGGCUAGGCGGCUAACUAGCUAACCAGCUAGCCCGGACAACAACACCUGCACGUCGUCGGGUGAAACGACUGCCACUCGCCGUGACAACUGCACGGAUCGUGACCCGGCUAGUGACCGUUCGUUGGUAUUAGCCUCAGUGGUCAGGUUGAUGUGUGUGCUACUGCUGUUAAGCAGCUGGACUGAUGCUGCUCUUGCAACAUCUGGACUAAAGCUGAUCUGCCUGUCAGAUCCUUCUACGAGCGAGACUAGAGAGUUGCUGCCAUGUCCAGGCGAAGCAGGAACAGCCGUGCGUGGAGGUAUGUCUGGGGUGGGAUACGGCAGGACGCGGACGCCCGGGCACUCGUGUUGGCCUCUGAGAGCGAGGAGUGGAGCUAUGACCGCCUAGAGUACAGUGAUUCAGACUCUGAGGCGGACUUCUCAGCAGUGAUGGUCCCCCCAGUGCCCAGUGCAGUGCCCGUCACCGGAGAGUCCUACUGUGGCUGUGACUCCCAGGCUGAGACCAGCUACAACCCUCGUCUGCGAGGAUUUCACCAAGUUAAAGACUGCCACUGUGGAGAGGACGACCAAGAUUUCGACUGGGUGUGGGAUACCAGCAGCCGGUCGACAGCAACAUUACUGAGCUGCGAAAAUCGCAAAGUGAACUUCCACUCUGAAUACAGCUGUGGCACAGCUGCGAUCCGUGGCUCCAAAGAGCUGGCUGAAGGGCAGCACUUCUGGGAAAUCAAGAUGACAUCCCCAGUGUACGGAACAGACAUGAUGGUUGGCAUUGGUACCUCUGAUGUCAACCUAGACAAAUACAGACACACGUUCUGCAGCCUGCUGGGAAAAGAUGCAGACAGCUGGGGUCUCUCUUACACUGGCUUGUUGCAUCACAAAGGAGAGAAGAUGAACUUUUCUUCUCGGUUUGGACAGGGCUCCAUCAUCGGAGUCCACCUGGACACUUGGCACGGCACAGUUACUUUCUUCAAGAAUCGAAAGUGUAUAGGUGUUGCUGCCACGGAGCUACACAAUAAGAGGUUUUACCCAAUGGCGUGCUCCACGGCAGCGAAAAGCAGCAUGAAGGUAAUCCGGUCCUGCUCCGCGCCCACCUCCCUGCUGUAUCUCUGCUGUGCUCGCCUUCGCCAGCUGCUGCCAGAGUGUAUAGACACCUUGGACGUGUUGCCACUGCCACCAGGCCUCCGUCAGUUGCUCCACAAUAAACUGGGUUGGGUGCUGAGUCUCAAUAAUGGCGCCACAGAAGAAACCCCUGAUGAGCCCGAGCGUCCCUCAAGAUUGCCUGUCCCUCCCUUGGCUGGACCGUCCUCCUCCGAGAGCGACUCAGAGGGUUGUACGUCCGACCCCGAAGCAUGUCAGAGGAAAAGAUGCCGCUGGACAUGACUAGACAGCUUGACUCCUACCUCCUCUUAACCACUGGCAGAGGUUACUGUCCUGUGGCAUCUAAUCUAGUGUUACUUACCUGCCAACAUCACUGAUAUAUGGUAGUGAAGAGAAUCACCAGGAUCAGUUGAACAGAGAGAGCGGUGUGUAGGUGACGGGCAGUGUUUCUGCCCUCACGCUUGGUUACUGUGAUCUUCUCUCAUGCCAUUCACCUGUCUUCUUGCUCAUCACCCACUUAGUAUCUAACACCAGCUUCGGUAAUAAGUGAAAAGAUUUGGUGUUGUUUUGUUUGCUUACUUAAUUUGUUGCCAUUCAUCGAUGGGGACAAGUAACGUUGUGCGAAAAUGGUACAGUAUACUGUACAUCGUGACACUGAAGUAAGAUCUGGCCAAUUUUUGCUCGUCUUAAUGGUAUAAUUGUAAAAAUUGUUUUUUUUCUGUGUUUUUAUCCUGUAUGCAAAUAAUGUAUAUUAUUAUCAACCUCAAUGCUGUCCAUGCAUUAUCAAAGUAAUCUGUUACCUGUUUUACUGACAUCUGCAGGAUUCCAAAGUGAGAAUCCGUUAUUAUUCUUCUAUUAUUAUUGUUAUUUAUUUUUGUAAUCUAUGCCAGUCACAGCUCAAAGACUUAAAACUUAACUUAAACUGACAAAUACGUGGAAAGUGUUUGGAGGGGGAGGAAUGAACGUGGGGGACUCUACAACAAAAGAAUUAUCAUUUUCUGUCUUUCGUGGGACAGCCAUCAUCGGCAAACGCCUGAAGCACGUCAGAUUGCACAUCACAUUAUUUAAAAAAAGAAAAAAGUAAAAUAUUAAAUACAAUGGCCUGUCGCCAGCUUUUAAAAGUCUCCCAUUGUUUAUAGAUUCCCUCUUUUUCUAAAAGAUGUAAGCAGUAAUAUACAUUGUUUUGUGUCAUUCAAAUGAGACCACCACACCUUUUCAAUAACUUUUCAUUUCUGUUACACCUUACUGUUUUUUUUUUGAAAAUGUUCUUCAUUUGAUUGAAAAAAUAUGCCAUUAUGAGCAUUUAUAACGUUAAACUUUAUUUUUUUUUACUGAACUGUUUAUGCAAUGUUUUUUGUUUUUUUCCAGGGCCUUGUUCAAUCCCUUUGCUUAACAACUGCACUGCAUUCACUAAGGUCCUACUCGAUGCUAAAUCCUUUCGGUAUCAAACACUCAGCCCCUCUCGGCCUGAAACAUGACUAGGCGCUGUCAGAACACCUGCGGUGGUCAGCUCGAAUUUGAUUUGGACUUCAAUGAUAAAAACCUUUGUUUUCUGCACCUACUGUUCCUGCCGUUACACAUUUUGAAACAGAGCUAUACAUGACUAAAUACAGUUUAAAAACUGUGCUACUGUCUGGUAACGAUUUCAGCUCUGACUGAAUAUGUGGAUUUAGCUAUAAAGAGGUGGACUGUUGUGCCUGACUGGUCUGCUACAUAUUUUUCUGGUCAAACCUUUCAUGACAUACAGAUAUUUUACAGUCACCUUUUAAGCCAACGGGCUGAGUGGGGCUAAAAGAUACUUUUUUGGUCUGAAUUGAUUGAGGAGAGUUACAUAUACAGUAUAAAUAUUGUGUCCAUUUCUUCGGGUUAGGGGGUUAGGGACUACCAAACCACAACAAUGUCGUUAUUAUAAUGUUUAUCCUAUGUGUUGAAGCUACACAGUUUGCCAACUGCGGCCUCAGUCACCAGUAUGUUUACUCCUCUUGGUUUAUGUAGAUGUACACAGACGUUUAAGGAACUAUGCAAUGCAAGCAUCCUCUGUGAUGCUGGUUUUAAGUAGGUAGGAAAGGAAGUAUGGGGGCACUAUUAUGGAGACACUGGCACAGCAAAAGUGGUGAUGGUACCAGAGGACGAUGCUCAUCAGUCAUGAGUAGUGACAUGACGCACAUAAAUCUGUCCAGUUGUGUAAUGAGUCUGUCCAAUAAUGUAACCACAAAGGAGUUAGUUGUAGGCCAGCAUACGUUUCUUUUUUUUUUACUUCCUUCACUGUACUUGUCUUCACCUUGAUGCAUCUAAGCACUUUUUCUUACUGUCAUAAUUAUAAAUAGAAAAAAAAUCAAAGAGUUUCUCCUAUACCAUGUCAUACUAAACAUAUUGUAUGUGAAGGCCUGUAAUGGCUUUUUUUCUGUAUAACCGAUCAGCAUGAUUUUCAGCUGAAAUUAAAAUGAAUGCUAAGUAUGCAAA